UGACGAGGACGUUAUGUGUGUCGCGGUUUAAAUCGAUCGAAAUAAAACUUUAAAUUCCCAGUGCCGAACUACACAGGGCGAACAUAUUGACGGAGCGAAACCAUCCGUGGCCUAUUUGAUCAAUGACGAGAACAACAGCUCCACUCAGGCGACGGACUGAGACCUGUUUACCUCUCGUGGUCUAUGUAGCACAUCCUGUUCAUGAAAUACCGGCAUGGGAAGGGACUUUGUGUGAAAUUCUUCUAUGAUCAGGGAUUUUGUGACCUCUAGUUUUUGUUCUAAGCUGAACGAAUGAUAAGAUGGGAAAGUCCGGUGUGUGUAGUUCCGGGGUGCUUAGUGCCUCUACGAUGGUGUAUGUUUUGACGGCGCUUUCCAUAGUGGUGUUGAUAAGCACGGUGUAUGUCAACUCUCAUCUAAAUUCCUUGCUAAGUGUUUCUAAACGUAUACAUAAUUAUGUGUCCAUGUACAUCGGGAUCGAUUCAAAAGCCACCGUCACUAGUAACAGUUCUUCAAGUAGACACGCCUUCAGUAUCACCAAACCAUCGAUUACCAGAGCCACCACACCAAGAGCCACCACCCCAGGCGGAACCACUGCGAGGCCUAAUGAAUGCAAGUCGUGUUUUAAACACGAUUUUGAUUUCAUGUUAAACAAUGAAGACGUAUGUCAGACUGAUACUGGUAAUAGUACAAUCAAAGUCAUUGUUCUAAUUUCCACCAUUCAUAAGAAUACAGAAAAGAGGAAAGCAAUACGAGAAACUUGGAUGAGUCCGUACACAGGUAACACAGGGCCCGUCCGUUAUAUGUUUUUGUUGGGAAGGAUUUCAGAUAAAGCCCUGCAGGUGGCCUUAGAGACAGAGAGUGCCUCUUAUAGGGAUAUCCUACAGGAAGACUUUAUAGACAGUUACAACAAUCUGACUCUUAAAACAAUGAUGGCAUUUCGUUGGGCUAGUACUUUUUGCCAGAAAGCCGAGUUCGUAAUGAAGACGGACGACGACAUGUUUGUCAAUAUAAACGGACUCCUAAGGGCCGUGAACCAGCACAAAGACGUUCUCCAGCGGUCGGUGGGAGGAUUUUGUGUUCUCUCUGCCAGUCCAAUCAGAGACAAAGGUUCCAAGUGGUAUGCUUCGGAGAAAAUGUACCCCCACCGGAAGUACCCCGGUUACUGCUCGGGCACGGGGUACGUGACAAGUAUGUUUGUGACUCGGAGAGUGUUCGAGAUAUCCAAACAUUUGCCGUUUUUUCACCUGGAGGAUAUAUUCGUUGGACUCUGUAUAAAUAAACUUGGAUACACGUUUACUCGCAUAGGAGGGUUUAGCACUAACUUUAUUCCCAUUAGUUGUUCGUACAAACAGUCUAUCAUUACAUCCCAUGGUGUCAGCCCAAAGCAAAUGCGACAAGCAUGGGAUCUAAAGUGUUAGGACGAAACAUAUUGACAAAUAUUAAACUAUAUGGUGUGUUUAUCAUUCCACGCACAUUGUUAUAUCCUACAAUGAGAUCUUGGUCGUUUUAACUUGUUCAUAUUUUAAUUUUUAAUUUUAUAUGAAUGACAUGUAAAAAAGCUU